UUGCUAAAGUGAGAGGGAGAUAGAGCGAAAGAACGUCGAAACAAGGUCAACGCUCAAAUAGUCGAACAUGUUGCAAAUGCACGCUAUGUAAAGGACAGACGGAGGGAGACAGAAAGCGAGAGAGAGAGAGAAAGGGUGUCAUCUAUAGGAAACGUUCUGUAUUCGUCUCUGAGUGCGUGCGAGCGAGCGAGACAAAGUGAAUUUGUUUCAGCAUACAAUGUCAUCGAUCUCGGCUCAGGGCGUGGUCGAGAGAGCCUCCGCGGAAUUAUCGAAACGCAUAAACGGACUGGGAUUACGCUCAAAACACCAUCAUGGCAGCAACAGCAACAAUAGCAGCAGCAGCAGCGGCGGCGGCGACAACGCUUCCUCUAAUUCCACAUCCAGUGCCACCUCGUCCAGCGGCAAAACCUCAGUAAUGGAGCGUGUAACCAAUGCGCUCUGUGGCGGCGGCAAUUCGAACUCCAAUUCGAAUUCGAACUCCAAUUCCAGCUCCAACUCAAACUCCAACUCCAACUCAAAUACCAACACCAAUACCAAUAGCAACAGCUCAAACGCCGGCGUGCCCGGCUCUGUGAAUUCGCCGCAAACGCCAGAUAAGCCGUCGCGAGGCAGCCCGGGUGCUGCUACGCUCAUUUCCCUGACGAGUACACAACAGCAGGCGCAGCCAUUGGCGUCCGUUAAUCCCAGUCUGCCUCACAGUCCCGCGCAUCUAAUGCAACAACAACAGCAGCAGCAACAACAACAGCAACAACAACAGCAGCAGCAGCAGCAGCAGCUUCAGGCAAUGGCAGGCUCCACGCUGAUUAACUCCAAUCAUCACCUGGUAAUGCCAGCUGGUGUACCUGCGCCGCCUAGCAAUAUGCCGUUAGGUGCUCCGCCCACUCCCACAGUGAAAUCGAUUGCCAAGCAAAUGAACAUUCAGAUUCCAGCGCCCGGCUCGCCCACCUUCAGCACAAUGGGCAUGGUCGCGGCACAGAAGGUCGCCGGCGGGGGCACGCCGCUGCAGAUGCGCAAACAGCUGCCCAAUCCCCACUUGCAUCAUCCCUAUGGCGCAGUGGCUGCGCCCAACCAGCUGCCCGGCACCGUUACCCAGCCGUUGUCCGCGCUAAUCCUCCACAAGCACCCGCCACAUAUGCAGAGCAUCGACGCCCUCAUGCUGGACGAUCGCUUUCUGAAUCGCUUUUUCCAAUACUUUUCGCCGUACGAGCGGCGCGUGCUCGCCCAGGUGUGCAUCAAGUGGCGGGACAUACUGUACCGCAGUCCACGCUACUGGUCCGGACUGCUGCCCACGCUGCAGUGCCGCGAACUCCGCCAGAUGCCCGCCUGCGAUCGGGGAAAACUCUACACCUCGCUCAUUCGACGCGGUUUCCAUGCGCUCGGCCUCGUCGGCGCCUCCGACGAGGAUGCUCUGGAUGUUGUCCACUCCUUUCCGCUGGCCUCCAAGCACGUCCACUCGCUCAGCCUGCGCUGCUCCUCGAUCAGCGAUCGGGGACUCGAAACGCUAUUGGAUCACUUGCAGAGUCUGUUUGAACUUGAGCUGGCUGGCUGCAAUGAGGUCACCGAGGCGGGCCUCUGGGCCUGCCUGACGCCCCGAAUAGUGUCCUUGUCGCUGGCGGACUGCAUCAACAUUGCGGAUGAGGCGGUUGGAGCUGUGGCUCAGCUGCUGCCUUCGCUCUACGAAUUCUCGCUCCAGGCUUACCAUGUCACAGAUGCUGCCCUGGGCUACUUCUCGCCAAAGCAAAGUCACAGUUUGAGCAUAUUACGCUUACAGUCAUGCUGGGAACUAACCAAUCAUGGCAUUGUUAAUAUAGGUAAGUCCUGA